AUGGCAACCAUGCCAUUUGUCAGUGAAGGGAAGUGCGUCAGUGUGGAGUGGGACUUCCUGCAGGGCCUACUAGCCAAACCACCAACCCUGCCCUGCUUGCAGAACCUGAGGAAAGAGAAGUCGCGGAAUGCGGCUCGCUCGCGGCGGGGGAAGGAGAACUUCGAGUUUUUCGAGCUGGCAAAGAUGUUGCCCCUGCCCGGGGCCAUCACCAGCCAGCUGGACAAAGCCUCCGUCAUUCGCCUCACCAUCAGCUACCUACACAUGCGCCACUUUGCCAGCCAGGGAGACCCACCCUGGAGCCCCCUGCUGGAGGGAGAGGCAAACUGCACCAAGGUUCGACGAACUAGCCACUCAUUGGCAACUGACAUAUUUGAGCAGCACCUGGGCGCGCACCUGUUACAGUCCCUAGAUGGCUUUGUGUUCGUGGUCAGUCAAGAGGGACGAUUUCUCUACAUUUCAGAGACAGUAUCUAUCUACCUGGGCCUCUCACAGGUGGAGCUGACUGGCAGCAGUGUGUUUGACUACAUUCACCCUGCAGAUCAUGUGGAGAUGGCAGAGAGACUAGGUAUUAGGCCACACCUCCGGGCAGAGUCUGGAUGUCAGACUACCCUUGAGAGUGUCUCAAGCUCCGCCUCCACCUCUUCAUUGGCUGGCACCCCAGAACCAGCCCCGUCCAGUCCUCUGUCAGCGGCCGAUGACCCUGUAGAUCGAGGUUUCUUCAUCCGCAUGAAGUCUACCCUCACCAAACGUGGCCUCCAUGUCAAGUCCUCAGGCUACAAGGUGAUCCACGUGACGGGGCGGAUCCGCUGUCGCCCCGCCUUAGUGCCGGGCUCCUCCCACACGUUGCACCGGCCAAUGGGAUUAGUGGCCCUGGCGCACACGCUGCCCCCGUCCACUCUGAACGAGGUGCGAAUGGAGAGUCACAUGUUUGUCUUCAGAGUCAACAUGGACUUGCAGGUGACUUACUGCGAGAACAGGAUUUCUGAGUAUAUGGAUCUCAGUCCAGCAGAGGUGGUUGGUCACACCUGUUACCACUUCAUUCAUGCAGAGGACCUGGACACCAUCCGCCAGAGUCAUGAAGACUUGCUGAGGAAAGGACAGGUGGUGACAGGCUAUUACCGUUGGCUGCAGAGGAGGGGAGGUUUCCUGUGGGUUCAGUCCUGUGCCACAGUUUCCAUCAACCACAAAGCCCCUCACGAACGCAAUGUCAUCUGGGUGAACUACAUUCUCAGUCGGACGGAGAUGGCAGACACGGCAUUGGAUUUACUACAGCUCCCAGAGAGCAUCAGGGCAGAGCGUCUGCGUGCGACGUCCUCCCCCCGGAAUGGCUCCCCAAAGACAGCAGGUACACGGUCUACUCAGCUCGCAAAAAACAGCGGAGGCAAAAAUGAGGCAGACCACAAAGUGAGAGAGGCAUACGCCCAUCUGCCUGCCAGCCAAUCAGAGGAGAGGAGGAAGAGACCACACCGUCCUGACCCUGGAAGGGGUCCCCCGGGAGCAAGGAGGCGGCUGGAGGAGCUCCAGCAAAGGGAGGAGACAGCGUCGGUUUCCUCUGACGUAGGGAGCGAGAGCGAAGCAGAAGAGGAGGAGGAAGAGGAAGAGGAAGAGGAUAAACAGAGCGAGUGGGACCAUAAACGAGUGAAGAGCGAAGAGGGCGGCGGCAAACGCGGCGGACGGAGUGAAGGAGCGGGAAAAAUCAACAACGGUCGCGCGGUCAUCCAGCAGCUAAAGAGUGUGGUGAAUUCACCCAUCGCUGCCUCCAGCAUUAAGACUGAACAAGAGCUGCUGAGUGCAGGACUAAGCUCAGCCACCAGGGGGCGCUGGGGUCACUCUCAACCGUCUACACAUCCGGCGACUGGCAGCGUCAAUGGAAACAGCCCUUCCACCCCGGCCGGCGAGUCCGCCCCCGAGGCCCCGACCAAGGGCCUGUUUACACCCACCUCCCCCAACUUGUCUCCGCCCAUUUCCGGCUCGCCCCUCCCCAGAGAAGAGAGAGGUGGACACGGGGGUCGCGGGCCGGACUUUGAGCUGCUGCAGAGACUGGCAGCGGGAGGGGCUGCGGCGGGACGGGUCCUGUUCCACCCGUUGGCCCUCGGCCCCCAGGGGCCGCAGAGCCUGUACGCGCCGAGCACCAUCCGCUACGCCCCGCCAGAACUGCCCUCCGCCCACCCCGCCGCCGAGGGGCUCCGCUCGGACCACCCGCCCAAAUCACCUGCGUUCUUCCCCCAUCUGCAGAGAAUCGCAGCCCUGCCUCCUUUCAGUGGGUUCUCCACCUCUGACUCUGGUUUCCCUCCGGGUCUCCCCUUCUGUAUGAACGGACUGAGAGGAGCGGCCGGGACAGAGGAGGACUAG